AUGAAGGCUCACCCGACUGCCCGCAGCCGUAUCCGGGAGCAGGAAUUGAAUCCCGUGUUUCACUUUCAAAACAAGGAGGAAGACAACCAAAUACUUACGCGGGCCAAGAUCAAGCAGGCGCUGAAAAGUGGAGUGUUGAAUUUGGCUGGUAGAGGAUUAGCAUCGGUGCCCGAAAAGGUGUGGAACUUGAGCGACUCGGAUGAAAAUGAGAAGGAAGUGCGGUACGAUUUGGAACGCUCGAACGAGGAGGACAGCUGGUGGAAUCAAAAGUCUCUCACCACGCUGGACCUCAGCUCGAACACGCUAACUUUGAUAAGUGAAAAUAUUCAAAACUUGGCCGAUCUAACUGUGCUUAAUCUUCAAGAUAAUGCACUAACUAGCCUCCCCGAAGGCAUUGGAGCGCUUACAAAGCUUACUAAACUGACCAUCAGCCGUAACAAGCUGUCGGAACUGCCGGAGAGUUUCUUUCGGCUGAAGGAGCUGAAGGUUCUCAACCUUUCGCAUAACGAGUUUCCGGAAGUGCAUCCCAAUAUAAGCGAUUUAAUAAUGCUUGAAUCGUUGGAUUUUUCCUUUAACAGCAUUAAUGCUUUACCGGGUGGCAUUGGGUUCCUCGUACGGUUGCAGCAACUAACUUUGAAUAACAACCGAUUAACGGAACUACCGAACGAUAUCGUCAACCUACGCAAUCUUCACAAGCUCGAUCUAUCGAAGAAUGAUCUAAAACUGUUGCCUCCGGUCAUGGGAGAGCUGCGCAAGCUGGAAUGCUUCUACGUCCAGCAUAACGACAUCGACGAGCUGCCCGACUUUACCGGUUGCGAGGCGCUCAAGGAGCUGCACAUUUCGAACAACUUCAUCAAGACGCUACCGGCAGACUUUUGCGAGAACUUACCCCAACUCAAGGUGCUCGAUCUGCGCGACAACAAGAUCGAACGGCUGCCGGAUGAGAUCGCACUGCUCGCUAGCCUGACGAGACUCGACCUUUCGAACAACACGAUCAGCAGCCUUCCCUCGUGCCUGUCCACGCUGGCCCACCUGGUCAGCCUGCAGGUGGAGGGCAAUCCGAUCCGUUCGAUACGCCGAGACGUCAUCCAGUGCGGUACGCAGCGGAUACUGAAAACCCUACGCGAACGGGAUGCGUCUAAGUCGAAGGCAGGUGCAUCGGAGGGACAAGGUGGUGCCUCGGUGGCUAGGGGAAAUUCCCUGUUUGCCCCUGAAAGCACCUUCCCGGAUGUGUAUCAGAUGCGCAAGGGACGUGCGCUGAUCGUGAGUUCCAAGGGUCUGAUCGAUAUUCCGGAGGCCGUGUUUUUAGACGCACUGGAGGCUUCGGUGUACAAUGUCGAUAUAAGCAAGAACAAGCUGACCAACGUUCCGGCAGGAAUAAUUCACUUAUCCUCUUUGCUAACGGAAUUGAACGUCAGCGCUAACCUCCUUCAGACCGUUCCGGCAUGUUUUUCGCAGUUCGAUAAAAUAAGCUACCUUAACCUAGCGAACAACCAAAUGACCGACCUGCCGGAGGUAAUCGGACUGCUGGUGACCCUGCGGGAGCUGAACGUUAUCAACAACCAGCUCAAACUAAUUCCCGCGUGUGUGUACGAGCUGAAGGGAUUGGAAAUAUUUCUGGCAAGCGGUAACAAGAUCGAGGAAAUUGACGCCAGCGAAAACGGGCUGGGAGCACUGAAGCGGCUGGCCACGUUGGAUCUGGCAAACAACAACAUCAAGCAUGUUCCACCAACAUUGGGAACGUUGAAGCACAUCACCACUCUGGAACUGAUCGGUAACAGCUUUCGGCAGCCCCGGCAUCAGAUUUUGGAAAAGGGUACCGAAUCCAUUAUGGCCUACCUGAGGGACCGCAUUCCUCAGUAAAAAUUAGAGGAAAUCCUCCCUGCGGGAAAAACUUUGCACAAAUUGUACUCGUUACGCCAUACGAAAGCUUCUCUAGCUGCUUUACCUUCGCCUAGAAAGGCACUCGACUUUCUUUGGCGCUGGCGCACUGGCUGGCUUGCAUGCACCAAACCAGCACACGCCUUCCCUUGACCCCGCAAUGCAUGCGCAACCGUGAUGAUGUUUGUGGCCAUACUCGGUUUCCUUACAGAGCUAAAAACGAAACAAAAAUGUACCAAAAAAAGAAAUUAUUUCAGUAUAAUAAACCUUUUAUUCAACACCCCACAUCCAGAUGUUACAAAUGUGCCGGUAUGAUUUAACUGAUGCGAUGGUUUGCCAUGCAGGCGAAGCAGUUACAAUCUCGUAACCCAAUUAAAACUCCUUCUUAA